AGUGAUGGACACCCGGUAAAACAAUAACGUUAGCUCACGUUAGCUCACAUAAUGUGUCUGCUAAUGUCAGCCAUCUCUAGCGGUUAGCUUAGACUAAUUUGAGCUGUUAGCAGUUGAAUUCGCUAACGUUAGCCAGAGAGGAGAUUAUAUUUGCCAGCUGGUCUGUGGCGUUGUGUUCACCAGUGAAGCUUUACAAUGUUAACGUCGCUUGCUCGGGACAAACUGCAGCAAUUCCAUACAGCAGAGCUAAGCUAACCAUGCUAAGUUUUGAGCAUUUUGGUGAGGUUAGCGUUAGCUAAGUUAGUCGGUCCCAAGCCCUUCUCGAUCAGCAAUUGUGUCGAGCGAUAUCAGUUGACUACAGCAGGUUGCAUUGAUCUUGUCUUUGUCGAGUUGGGGUUUAUUUAGUCAGAAGCUGUCACACACACUGAAUACUACUCAAAAUGAAUGAAUGAAUAUUAUAGUGGCCUUCGACUAGAAUUGGUAAAUAAAAGACUGUGGAGCAAGUCUUUGUGGGUCUGCUGACGGGACAUGCAACUAAAUGCUUUUUUCACGUAACGUUGCUUUAUUUUUUUGCUGAAUUGUUGUCUUGCCUGCUUCUAUCUUCUUCCUUUUGUUUGGUUUCCAUACAUUUCUAUAGAUCCAAUCAAAAGCUACAAACCGUGAAGGUGGAAGCUCUGCUUGCCAAGUAUUAAAAUGAUUCGCAUAGCAGCACUGAACGCUGCUUCGACAGCUGCAGAUGAGUCUCAAGACCCCUUGAGAAGUAGCAAGAGUCGGACAAAAGAGGCUCAGGAAGCUGAGGCGUUUGCUUUGUAUCACAAAGCUUUAGAUCUGCAAAAACAUGACAAGUUUGUGGAAUCUGCCCAGGCCUAUCAUGAGCUUCUCAAGACUCCACUGCUCAAAGAGGCCAUGCCCUCGGAUGAUCAGAAAGUGGGUCUCAAGCAUCCCGGACUGAUGUUGAAAUAUUCUACUUUUAAAAACUUGGCCACUAUGGCUGCAUUGCGGGACGAUCUGGAGACUGCUAUGGAGUUUUAUUUGGAGGCAGUGAUGUUGGAUUCCACUGAUGUGAACAUGUGGUACAAAAUUGGUCUGGUGGCUGUGCGACUGGUGCGCGUUCCUCUGGCCCGACAUGCCUUCGAGGAGGGAUUGCACUGUAACCCAGACCACUGGCCCUGCCUGGACAACCUCAUAACUAUUCUCUACACACUCAGUGACUACACCUGCUGUUUGUACUUCAUCGCUAAAGCAUUAGAGAGGGAUCAUUGUUACACCAAAGGCCUGGUGUUGAAGGAGAAAAUCUUUAAGGAGCAGCCCUGUCUAAAGAGGGACACAAUGCAGAUGUUCAUGAAAUGUGAUGUGUCUAUUCACUAUGUGGAAGUGGAGAUGGAGGAAAGCAAAUCCAUUGUGGAGGAGGCACUGGAGUUACGGAAGCGCAGACAGGCUCUCUCUCCCUCUGAGCCCAAACCUGACCUUGUCCUGGUUCAGCCCAUCCGCUGCCUCUCAUGGAAGCACGUGGGUGAGAGCCUUCUGGCAAUGUACAGACAUCAGACCACAUGUGAGCCACCUCGCCCGAGUCUCGGCCGCAGAAUUGAUUUGUCGGAGUACCGUGACCCAAACUUUCUCCAGAACCUCCCCCAACCCAGCAGCCCCGUCAGUAUGGUUCAGACCACCGUGCUGAGCAGCAGCCCGAGCUCGUCCCUGCCACCAAUGGCCCUCCCUGAGCCAGUAGUGCUGCCCCAACCCAGCACUCAGAUUGCCCCAGCCCAGACCACUGUGGAGGUCACCACUUCUGCCCCACCUGUCGUGACAGCAAUAGAAGUUUCACUGAUGGAUAAAGUGAAGAAAGCUCCGAAAAGGAAACGAGUUGUAGAAGACAGUGGGGAGACAGCCAAGCGGCGCUCCGCUCGUGUUCGAAACACAAAAUGCAAGAAGGAAGAGAAGAUUGAUUUUCAGGAGCUGCUUUUUAAAUACCUGCCUUCCAGGCUGAAGAAGUUUGAUCCUGAUGAUGAGAGUUUGAGUAAUCUCGACGCUCCGUGUGAUAGGAAGGAGGACAUGCAGCCUCUACAUGGGAGUUGCCUCCCUGCUGACUCGGUUGAAUACAUGGAAUCUGAGCAACAGGAUGUCCACAGCUUCCUGCUCAAUAAUAUGACCAAUGGUGGUUUACUGGACGUGAUGAUGCGCUAUCUUAAAGCCGUGGGUCAGAAGUUCACGGGGGAGUGGCCUCGGGGGCUGACUGCUGUGGUGCUGGAGGUCCAUCAGACCUGGAGGAAGCACAGCAGUGGUCUUCCUAACCCUCUGCUUCGGGACUGCAGCAACCAACACAUCCGGGAAAUGUUGGCAAUGAGCUUGGCGUGUAUGGAGUUGCAGUUGGAGCAAUGGAUACACAACAAAGGGAAGACUGUGUCUCCAAGAAGAAGCAGCAGCAUUUGUCCCAGCAGUGAUGCAGCUGACUCCGAAUUCCCUGGGCAGCACUUCCAGAGUGAUUUGUUACUUUUGGCCUUAGGUUCAUCCCAAAGAGACCUGUUUGAGGAUGACUGGCUGGAUGUUAUGGUGCGCGUCUACUGGCUCAAGGCCCGGUUCUUGGCCCUGCAGGGAGACAUGGAGUUGGCCCUGGAGAGCUACGAUGUCUGUGUUGGCCUGUUGCAGAGCAAACCAAAGACUUCUGAAGGCAAACAUUACACCAUCAGCCUGCCUAACCUUCGUGUAGAUGCAGCAAUCUCUGUGGAGGAGAUUGACAAGAGGCUGAAGUCUCUGGAGCGUUGUCAGUCUUUGGAGGAGAUCCAGCGUCUCUUCGAGUCUGCUGACUUUCACUCUGUUGUGCGCCUGCUGCAGCCCACUCUUAAUUACGGCAACCGGAGUAAACCUUUGGAGUUUGUGAGCUCAGCGCCAGAGCGGCCUGCUCAGCUGAUGCUACUGCAGAACGCGCUGUUGAAGCUGCAGGACUACCAGCAAUGUUUUGAGUGCAGCGAGUUGGCUCUGAAUGAAGCCCUGCAGCAGCUCAACUCUGCUCCAAACAACUCUCCUCCUAGUAAGGAGGAGUGGGUCAGUACUAUUGGAAAGUUGCUGGAUGGCACCGAGAUCUGCUUCAUCAAAAACUCUGAGCUUCUAAGCAAUGUCCCCCACUUCUCUAGUAUGGCUCGACUAGCAAACAAUCUAAUUCAGCUGAUUGAUCUGAGCAUGAACAUUUCGGACGAUCCCAAGGAGCCUUAUUUCUUCUCGGUUCUGCCUUGGAUCGUCCUGUAUCGCGUUAUCAAACACGAGGAGGCUGCUUUUAACUGUAUGCUUCGACAGCAUAUAUCUGUAGGGGAUGAUGAAGAUGACUCAGACACUCCCAUGCUGCCCUCCUCCCUGAUGCUUCUGAACACAGCCCAUGAGUAUCUCGGCCGUCGCUCCUUGUGCUGCAACUCGGACGGCGCACUCCUCAAGUUCUAUGUUCAAGUUUUGAAAAAGGAGGUCGCAGCCUCUUCCAACAGUGACUCUCAUCCCUACAAAGAGGAGUUGGAGAUGGCCUUGGAACAGUGCUUUUUCUGCCUCUAUGGCUACCCCAGUAAGAAGAGCAAGUCCCGCUACCUUGAGGACCACUCGUCUCCACAGGUUGAGCUGCUGUGGUGUGAUGCCCUCUUCAUCUUCCAGUAUUUCAAACCAAAGUCACUGCCGGAGUUUGACAGCUACAAGACGAGCACAGUGUCUGCAGAAUUGGCCAAUCUGCUGAGGAGGUUUGCUGGCAUCGCCCCCACAAGUGACACCCCCACUCUCACCAUGGAUGAAGUGGCAGCCUACAUUGAGGGCAUGACAGAAAAGGCCCCAUGCCUUCCUGAGGGUAGUGCUCCUGCACCUCCGAUCAUCAAUGAGAUCUACUACCUGCUGGCUGAUUACCAUUUCAAGAACAAGGAGCAGUCUAAAGCCAUCAAGUUCUAUAUGCAUGACAUAUGCGUGUGUCCCGACAGGUUUGACUCCUGGGCAGGUAUGGCUUUAGCGAGGGCCAGUCGUAUUCAGGAAAAGCUCAACUCCAAUGAGCUGAAAAGUGACGUUCCUAUCUGGAAGCACUCCCAGGCUGUGCUUAACUGCUUUAAGAGGGCCCUGGUAAUAGACAGCUCCAACCUGUCUCUGUGGAUCGAGUACGGUACUAUUUCAUACGCGCUGCACACAUUUGCUUCAAGGCAGCUCAAGCAGUGGCGCAACGAGCUCCCCCCAGAGGUGGUGAAACAGAUGGUAGAAAGGAGAGACUCCAUGUUGGAGACAGCGUUCCAGUGUUUCCAGGGAGCUUCCCGUUGUGAGGGUGACAGUGAUGAAGAGGAGUGGCUCAUUCACUACAUGCUCGGGAAGAUCUCGGAGAAACGCAAACAGCCUCCUGUGGAAUAUCUGCAGCUUUACAAAAAGGCAGCCCACUAUCUGCAUGAAGAAGCUGCUAGGUACCCCCGGAAAAUCCAUUACCAUAAUCCUCCUGACCUGGCCAUGGAGGCCCUUGAGUUGCAUUUCCGUCUCUGCGCCACCACUCUAAAACUAUUAGAGGGGAAUGUGCCGGAUCUGGAACACGAGCUCUUGUUCGGUAUGCUGGUCGAAGCCGCUAUCGGGCCAUUUGCCAGGGGGGAAGAGAAGAGCAUGCCGAGCAUGCCUAGGUCCCUUGAAAAGGAGAAACCCCCCUCCAUGACAGAUGAAGACUUUAAUUGCUCGUCAGUUUGCAUAAGAAACGUCCUCGGCUCCUCCCAUCUGUCGGCUGCCACCCCAGGUCUGACAUCCCCGCCUUACGUGGCCACGCCGUUUGACCACGAUUACGCCAAACGCAAAACUCUCCGACGGCAGCAGUGGCAGCAGCAGCGGAAUGAGGAGCAGCAGGCUGAUGGUUCAACAUUUUCAAGGAGAGUGGCAUCGAAUCUGUAUUCAGUUGUCAAGAAAGCCUCACCAGAGUUUGACCAUGAUUACUGCCUGCCCAGGUCUCCAAUGUGGCUGGCUUCCCUGAAUGAGCGCAGUCAGGACAGCGAGGUGGUGAUGCUCUCUGAUUCCAACUCCACCCAGGAUGCCUUCACAGAUCCCACCAGCUCACAAGACAGCAGCCACAAACCUGCUUCUGGGAAAGCCAGUUCAUCCUCAUCAGAAAGUACGACACCUGUGAAGGACGGACAGUUCGCAUCCGAGGACACAGUGUCACAUGUAGACCAUUCUGGCAUCCAGACGGAAGAAAAAGUUAUCCAGGAAGUAGUAGAAGCUGUGGUGGUGACGCUCACUGAGGCUUCAGACCCCAAGGUCUCCGUGGAACCUGUCCCAGCCACUCCUCCAAAGCCAUCCCACUCUCAACAGGCUGCUCCUCAAACCCCAGCCAGUGAGGGGAAAAGGAAGCCAGAGCCCCCCGCCGAGGUGAUCGAGGUGCCCAAGGCCCUGCCCGCAGAGCUCGGAGACCAGAGACGAAUGCUGGUGGAUAUGUGUGUCCGUGCUCUCUUCCUCUGCCUCGGCCGCUUCCCUCAGCACUACAAGAGUCUCUACCGCCUGGCCUUCUUCUACACCAACAGCAAGACCCAUCAGAACCUACAGUGGGCCCGAGAUGUGUUGCUAGGAAGCAGUGUCCCAUGGCAACAGCUGAAGCACAUGCCGGCACAAGGACUCUUCUGUGAGAGAAACAAGACGAACCUGUUUAAUGGCAUCUGGCGUAUUCCAGUGGAUGAGAUUGAUCGCCCGGGAAGUUUUGCUUCUCAUAUGAACCGAUCCAUUGUCCUCUUGCUGGAGGUGUUGGCUCAGCUUAAGGAUCACGAUACUCUGGUGAAAGUCUCUUUUAUGCUGCAGAGAACCCCUGACCAGGGAAAGAAGUAUUUACGGGAUGUUGAUCGCCAGGUUUUGGCCAAGAGAGCAUUCUUCCUAACUGUAAAAGUCUUGGAGGACAAUCUGAACAGUCUCAAAGGGGUGUCUGAGCAGCUUCACAAAGCGCCCGUGCCUUCAAUGGGGGAGAUGACCACGACGGACGCAUCCAACAGGCCCAGUUCGGAGGACGGCAAACAUGCUCCACCUAAGAAGCCUGGGAUCACAGAGGGAGCCUGUGCCACUGAUGCAGGGCCCAAGGAAGCCUCCCAGGCACAACUCACCCCACUACCGCUAGCCGUGGAUAAAGGGAGUAAGGUUCAGGAACUCUACCUGGGGAAGGUAGAGACUGCUGGGAGUGAGGGACACAAAGCAGGGCCAGAGGAGCCCAUGGAGCUUGACUCUGGCCACUGGAGGAGGCCCUCUAUUACCACAGAUCCUCAGGGCAUCCAAACGGAGGCCGAGACCUCCCUGAGUGUCGUGGAGCCCCAGCAGAAGGUGACCGACAGCAGCCGGACACCAGAGCUGUCUCUAGAGGAGCUGAGUAUCAGUUCCAGGCAGCAGCAGCUCCAAGCCUCAGCAACCAAGGUGACUGUGGCAGCCAGCGGGGCCGAUCAGGGGCUACUCCGACGGCCAAACAGGAAAAGAAAGCUUCUUGACGAUGCCGAGUCCGGAAAAACUUUGCUGCUUGAUGCCUACCGGGUGUGGCAGCAGGGCCAGAAAGUCAUGACCUACGACCUGGCCCGCAUUGAAAAGAUCAUGUCGGAGACUUAUAUGCUCAUGAAACAGGUUGAUGAGGAUGUCGCUCUGGACCAAGCUGUGAAGUUCUGCCAGAUACAGUUGGCCACUUCUGCCCAACGACAGUCUGCAGGCGACACCCCGACCACGCCCAAGUACACCAAGGAGAUCUUCUUCCCCGCCUCCCUGUCGUCGCCCAUCCUGCUCGGCCACACCGCCUGCCACCCGCUGUCCACCCCGGAGGGUCAAGCCAAAGUGGUGUACGAGCCGCUGAGCAAGCUGUCCAGAGCUCACGCCUCGGGCUUCCACGAUCAGCCACAGCACAGGAGAGCAGCCGGCCACCCUGCUGCGGCCAUGGCCUUCCUACCACACACAGAUGAGCGGGAGGAUCCCUCAGAGGGACUUGCGUACCGACAGCAGGAGUCGCACCUUUGUCAGCAGAUGAAACUCGCCACUGUAUCCCAAGGCCAUGAGUCAGCAGCAGCCUGGUUCCAGGAGGAAACCGCCACAUGUAGUAGUGCACAGCCAUGCCCAGACCAGCAGCAGUAUGCCAGCGAUGAUCAGUCUAAACUUCCAGACCCCAACCGAAUCCGCUCCCGUGUCCCGCACAACAUGCCAAAGCUUUUCAUCCCGUCCUCCGUUACCAAGUUCCCACCAGAAAUCACAGUAACGCCUCCGACACCCACACUUCUGUCCCCUAAAGGCAGCAUCUCCGAGGAAACCAAACAAAGACUGAAGAACGUCAUCUUGUCGUCUCAGUCUGCAGCCACAGUCAAAAAGGACACUCUGAGCCAGCCGGCGCUGGAGGUGCAGGAGACAUCCAGCCAGGAGUCGUCUCUGGAGAGCGAGUCGGACGAAGAGGACGAUUACAUGGACAUCUGAGCCGCUGAAGGCCUUGUGUGCGCACUGAAACUGAACACAACCCCCCCCCCCCCCCCCCUGUCUUAAAAAGGAAUGGUACAUGUCACUGCAGCUGUCUGUGUUGAUGCCAUUGCUUCGUCAUGUGCACUACAGAAGAAAUGCAGUAUUCUCAUCGCCUGUCAUGUCACCGUGCUGCCCUGCUCGUCAGCAGAUAAAGACGGAUGACGGUUGCUUUCGUCUCGCAGCAUGUCUGCAAUGUGCCAUUUAUGCAUAUCGCACAUCAGUGUAUCCUGCACUCCAGCGUACACUGGAUCUGGCACAGCCGACCAGUUCCGUGUUUAUUUUUUUACGUUGCGCGCCGACUAUAUCUCCAAGCUGCAGCUAACAUCCCCCGUGUGAGAACUCUCCGAUCUGAGGCGCCUCAGUCCGGACUGAUGUUCGGCAGUAUGUACCUGCUGUCCACCACUUUUGAUCACUUACUCGGGCAUGGUUUCUGCAGCACACGUUGCAUUGGUGCACAACAUAUUUCGAUGAACACAAGGGUUACAUGAGGACAAUCGGCUGCAUUCGAGGUUCAACCUGUGGAGCCUCACAACCUGUAGCAGAUAAGAAAUGUUUACACUGAACGUUUGGGAUGUUUUUCAGUUGACACUUAACGUUGUGCUAUUUUUGUAUUCUUGUAAUAUUUUGUCCGAUAUAUAUUUUUCUUUUCUUCGGUGUGCAUUUGUAGCUAAGAUGAACAGUUCUUACCAGGAAGACAUCCUGUCACCAGCACUGAUCUGAAUGAUGUGGACCGAGUUAUUAUGAAUUAGCUUUUGUACAUAUCACAAUCCAAAUACCCUCUAAUGUGUUUGACUUUAAUGAGCGUUGAGCUUUAUUUUCAGUCAACUCAGGAAGCGGCUUCCCUUGAAACCGACGCUUCACACGAUCCUUCCUGAUUUCAGUGGAAUUGAAACACUUGCGGAGGAGGACUUCCUAAUACAGAUGCCUUUCCAUUCAAACCAUUUUACUAAAUUUGUCACAAUUCUAGCUUAACUCAGAGGAAGACAACAGAAUGUUUUUUACAGAUUGUUUUCUAUAAAAGAGAGAGAGAGAGAGAUAUUUACUGAUUGUGUUUCUUGAAAGUGGUCUAAAAAUAAUUUUUGAAAAAGACACAAAUGAAUAAUUGUAAACUAUCACCCUUAGAAAGGAGAAUUGGGAUUUUAUUUUGUUGGUUUUGUUUAUUUUUUUGUGUAAGAUAGUUUUCUAUUGUUCUUCUGGGAGUGUACCAGAAUGUAAACCCCCCCCCCCCCCCCGCCUCAAGGGAACUGUCUGGAAUGAAUGCAUUAUAGAUGUCAAACCAAAAAUAUAUUUGAGAAACACGUUUGUUCUGUGUGCUACUUCAAACAUCAGGUAAAACGCUGGUUUUAGUCGGUAUGAGCGCAGCCCUCUUGGGCUUUCUGAGAAAACCAGUUCUGUGUCUGAGGGGGCAGUUUAAUACUGUGACGGCCAUAAUAACUAUGAUUUAAUAUGAGACCAGUGGGCACCCGUUGCUUACUGAGGCUUGAAAUCAACCCCCUCAACAACUCUCUGAAGAUAUAAGACUAACAAAAGUAAAAGCAUCGUACAACAUGUAUAAGUACUGGAACAGUUGACGACGCCUAAGAGUUUCUAAUAUUUCAUUUUUCUUUUCCUGUUACUCAACAUAUCACUUCCUCGAGAGUACAGCAAUAGUGCAGCGUCCUCAAUUAUGUUUUUCAUAUACUUUGAGCAUUCAUGAUGCUUUGUUGUAAGUUUGGAGCAUAAAGUGCCCGAUAUAAAAAUACAGGUUUAUAAUUAAGACAGAUAUGACCAGUUACUGAUCAAACAUGACAGGAUGCUAA